AUGAGCGGAAAAGGCAGCUGGUGGAACAGCGCAUUGUCUGGCCUCGAGUCGCGGCUCGACACCAUUCUAGCCGAGGACGGCACUGUGAGGCCGGCAGACGGCGCUGCGAAGCAAGAUGGCGGCGACAAGCCGGCUGUGGACAAGAAGUUGGCGGUCGAACAGGGCGGGCUGUCGCGCAACUCGUCACGCAGCAGGCCGAACUCGAGGUUGCAGGAACGUCUGGCGAAGGCCGUGACGAAGGGCACAGAGAACUCGAGGACAUCGUCAGACUUGGGGUCGCGGCCUGAAAGCCCGGCGCUGCGGAGUCCAGGCAUCACGGCCGUCGCGGACACGAGCAGAUCCAGUAUUGACUCGAAGACUUCAGAGCCCGCAGAUGCGCCAAAAGCCGCUGUUCAAGAAGAGCCCGCCCAGGACGAGGACGUGAAGAGGGAUGAUACAGCCAAAGAUUCAGCUGAGGCUGCAGCGUCAGUGGCUUCGCCUCCAAUGGCAUCACCGUCGACCACGCCUCUCGUCUCCGAGCAGCCAACAGCCACACGCAUGCCGACCAUGCCCAUGCCAUCCAUCGUCACCCCGAAGACCUCGUCGCCGCGUCAAUCUAUCGACAGCAACCCCUCGCGACCGUCCAUCGAUCUCUCUGCGCCCACCGAGCCCGCCAAGCCUCCAAUACCCUCCACGCAAGAACCCGACGAACUUGUACAUGAGCUGUCGAGCUUGCAGCAAGCACACGAGGAGACGGUUCGCAGCCACCGAGACGAGCUCAAUUCGCACCUCGAGCGCAUCGAUGCUCUGCAGUCCAAGCUCGCGUACCUCUCACAACAGCUGGCUGCUUCCGCAAAGGCAGCAUCAGCAGACUCAGAUGCAACAUCGCAGGAUAAGAAGCUAGCAGAGAAAGAUGCACAAAUUGCAGCGCUCAUGGAAGAAGGGCAGAAGCUGUCCAGGACUGAAAUGAAGCAUAUGACGACAAUCAAGCAACUGCGCGCGAGAGGGCAGGAACAAAACAAAGAGCUCACCGCGCUGAAGCAGCGCUUGACCAAAGCUGAGAAGAGCAUCACAGAACAGUCGGAACGAGCCAAGCGAGCAGAAGCUGGCGAGAAGGCGGCGCAGGAGAAGCUCAAGGUCGUGGAUAAGAUCGAGAAAGAUAUCAACACUAUCAAGGCUGAGCGAGAGGAAGCCAAUCUUACCAUAACGGAACUCCGCAAACAAUUGACCAAUGCGCUGUCACGAGCGGAGGAUGCCGAGAAACGAGUCAAGGCUGGAGCUCUGGAGGCCGAGCAGAGGGUCACCGCAUCGCUGCAGGAGGACCUCGACAAUCUGCGAAUCGAGAAGAAGCUCGCUGAAGACCGCGCAAAGAAAGAGGUCCAAGCUGCCCAGGAGCAAGCAAAGAGUCAGCAAGAGAAGGCCAACGUCACUGAACUUGAGCUUCGUGGAGAGAUCGCUAACCUUGAGUCGAAGCUCGAGUUGCUUCGUAGCCGCUCCGAGGAAGCCACUUCAUCUGCAACAGGUGACUCUCAAGCGAAGCUACUGAGGCAGAUCGAAACCCUGCAGACGCAAUACUCGCUUGCUUCGGAGAAUUGGAAAGGUAUUGAGACCACCCUGACCUCUCGACUGACAGCGCUCGAGAAGGACCGCGACGAAACAGCGAAGCGGGAGUCUGACAUUAGACGCAAGGCAAGAGAUGUCAACUCAAAAGCCCGCCGUCUCGAGGACGAACUCGACACCAUCAGCGAGCGAGCCCAGACCCUCGAACACGACCUCACCGAGCAACGCUCCCUAGCCCAAAAACUUCAGACCCGGCUGACAGCCGCCAAAACAGCCGCAUCAGAAGCCAAAGCGGACCUCGAGCGCUCAAAGAAGAUCUGGGAAGCCGAGUCUCAAUCGCGCCUUGAAGAGGAAAAGCGACAAUGGCAGUCGGAAGCCCAGCAACAUAACCCCCUCACCCUCACCAGCCACCUCGGCGCCGACUCUCCCUCCAUCUCAAACCGCCAGCGCUCCCCCGAUCCCCUGGGCAUAUUUGAUCGCCGCGCGCCGCGCCCCGUUGCCUCACGUGUAGACACGACGCUCUCGCCCAUCGACCGGAUGCUGGAAGACGCGCGGCGUCCGUCCCACGCAAUGAGCCGGCAGAAAUCGAGUCCCGGGGCGCGCACACCCGAGCUUGGGACGCCGGCGCGCCAGGACAGCAUUGCGUCCGGGCUCUCGAGCCUGGGCGGUGGCGGCGUCAGCUACACGCCAAGCAUCCAAGCGGUGGAUUAUGACGAGCCGUUUGAUGGCUUGAGCAGCCCGCAUCGCACCAUCAACGAUAUGAUCUCCGUCUCGACAGUUGGAGCGGGGCCCAGUGUGCAGCUCGUCGAGCGCAUGAGCGCGGCGGUGCGCAGGCUGGAGAGCGAGAAAGCGACACAUAGAGAGGAGAUGCAGCGGCUGAGUGCGCAGCGCGACGAGGCGCGCGAGGAGGUCGUGAGUCUGAUGCGCGAGGUGGAGGAGAACCGCGCGCAGAAGCGGAAGCUGGAGGAGCUAGAGAAGGGGCUCGCAGAGGUCAGGGAACGGUAUGAGACGACGCUGGAGAUGCUGGGCGAGAAGACGGAGAAGGUGGAUGAGUUGGAGGGUGAUCUUGUCGAGGUGAAGAAGAUGUACCGCGAGCUUGUUAGCACCAUGGGCCGGCCGUAG